AUGAACUCUGAACGCUCAUCGCAGACACUGGCCCGAGACUCGACACCAUCGCAGAGUAAAGAAAGCAACGACUUGUCGAAAGAGCAGUUGGAACAAUAUGGAGUGCGUGUUGGAGAUGACAACAAAGUCUUCUGGAGCGAUGGAGCAAAGGACCACCCUCGAAACUGGAGCCCAUGGUCGAAAUACUACUCUGCCAUCAUCAUAUCAUGGCUGGAGCUGUACAUGACAGGAAUCAGCUCGUCUGGAACGGCUGCCGCGAAUAGCGCUCGCAUGGAAUAUGGCAUCCAGAGAAACCUGGCAUACUUCGCGUUCGUCUCGCUAUACCUCAUCGGACAGACCGUUGGAGGCAUCUUCUGUUCCCCGAUUUCUGAGACCUUCGGCCGACGGACGAUCUACAUCAUUGCCACUGCCAUGUUUUGCGUCACUUCAGUCGUGGUCGCUGCUGUUCCGUCCGAUCUGCCUGGAGCCAGCGCCGCCAUAUACAUUGGGAGAUUUUUCCAGGGCGUCGCUGCGGCCAUUCCGGCGACGGUAGCUUUUGGCAACUUCGAGGACAUGUUCGAUGCUGAGAAGCGUAUCUGGGUCGUCUAUCUGUACACCCUGGCAGGUAUGAUCGGUCUGGUGCUGGGACCGAUCUACUCGUCAUAUGUUCUGGCGCGAACCAAGUGGAGAUGGGUCUUCUGGAUAUCAGCCAUCGUAUCAGCAAUCUCGCUCGGAGCAUGUUUCUUCAUCAAGGAAAGCAAGGCAUCUCAGCUAUUGCAAGCGAAGGUGGACAAGAUUAAGAAAGAAACGGGCAACGACAAACUGGAAUCCAACACUUAUGGUGGCAAGUUCUCGGUCAAGGAGUUUGUGCAGAACUCCUUGUUUCGUCCACUUGUCUUCUUGUUCACCGAGCCGAUUGUAACCUUCUGCUCCAUCCUGUGCGCGAUUGCUUUUGGGUUGAUUUAUGGCCUGACGGAAGGUCUGACCGUUGCGUACACCGACCCGCCUUUCGACCAGACAUUCAACGAGACGAGUUCGUCUUUGGCAUUCAUUGCGAUCCUGAUCGGAGAGAUCAUCAACAUCCUUCCUCGGUUCUAUGACCAGCAUAUAUUCCGAAAGUAUCGUCGAGAGGGUCGGAGAAUUCUGCCGGAGUCGAAGAUCGCAAGUUUCGCCAUAGCUUGUCCGGCACUGGCCAUUGGACUGUGGAUAUUUGCCUGGACGACUCCUCCCAGAGUGACGAAUGUCCCGUGGCCAGUCUCGAUGAUCGGCCUCAUCUUCAUUGGAUUCGCAUUGAACGACUUUUCGUAUGUGCUCUUCGGAUAUGCCACGGACUCGUACGGAGAGUAUGCGAGCUCGGCGGUAUCAGCUAUCAGUCUUACAAGGACCUUAGCGGCAGCGAUCUUCCCGUUGUUUGCGUAUAACAUGUUCUCUGGUCUUGGGACAAAUAUUGCCGCAACCAUAUUGGCGGCGGUGGCGACCUUGUUCGCUUUCACGCCGUUCCUGUUUCUGAAGUAUGGAGCAACAUUGAGGAAGAAGAGCAAGAAGGCCUGUAAUGACGAAGACGCGCUCACCGAGGAGAACGAUCACAUGUCGGAUGAUCAAUCUCAAGAGUCGCAAGAGAAGGAGUCUGCGUGA